AAUCUUAAAAGAAUGGCUCUCUCUAUCUCUCUCUAACUAGAAAUUCCAACGAGAUUUCAAAAUAUAGUAAAGCCGAUUAAAACGGAAACGAAGGGCUUAAAAAAGUCUCCAUCCAUCCCCUUUAGUAGACGGAUAUCCCGAAAACAAGAAAGAGGAUUGAAGAGGAAAGACCCAUCCAAAAACAAACAAACAAGGGUGCUAUGCUUUUCUCUCUCUCUAUUCCUUCUCUGUCUCCCUUUUCUUGUUAGGUUUCAUUUUCUUUCUAUAGGGUUUUAAAAGACGAAGACAUUUUUAGGUUAGAGGGGUAUUCGAUAGAGCAUUUAUUUGAUAGUAGAGUAUAUAUUUUCAAGAAAUGGAAGCAGGUGCGUUGGAUGAUCUGAUCGGGCGGCUAUUAGAAGGGAGGAAGACGAAAAGCGGGAAACGGAUUCAGCUGAAUGAGGUGGAGAUCCGUCAGCUUUGUCUCACCGCUAAAGAGAUUUUCCUUUCCCAACCUAAUCUGUUGGAACUAGAGGCCCCUAUCAAUGUCUGCGGUGACAUACAUGGGCAAUUUUCAGACCUCCUACGACUGUUUGAAUAUGGAGGUUUCCCACCAGAUGCCAACUACCUAUUCCUAGGAGAUUAUGUUGACAGAGGGAAACAGAGCAUAGAGACUAUAUGCCUUCUCCUAGCCUACAAAAUCAAAUAUCCUAGCAACUUCUUCCUCCUCCGAGGCAACCAUGAGUGUGCUUCUAUCAACAGGAUUUAUGGAUUCUAUGAUGAAUGCAAACGCCGGUUCAGCGUCCGUCUCUGGAAGGUCUUCACUGACUGUUUCAACUGUUUGCCAGUUUCCGCAAUCAUCGACGACAAGAUCUUGUGCAUGCAUGGUGGAAUCUCUCCUGAACUCGAUUCCUUGGACCACAUCAGGGCAAUAGAGAGGCCAGUGGACGUGCCAGAUCAGGGCCUCUUGUGCGAUCUUCUCUGGGCUGAUCCUGAUAGAGAUAUCAAAGGGUGGGGAGAGAAUGACAGGGGCGUUUCCUAUACUUUCGGAACUGACAAGGUGGAAGAAUUCUUAAAGAAGCAUGACCUUGAUCUAGUAUGCCGUGCUCAUCAGGAAUUAUGCAGGUUGUCGAAGACGGAUAUGAGUUCUUUGCAGACAGGCAGCUGGUUACCAUAUUCUCAGCUCCCAAUUAUUGUGGAGAGUUCAACAAUGCAGGCGCAUUGAUGAACGUCGAUGAGAGCUUGCUAUGCUCGUUUCAGAUCCUCAAGCCUUCAAGGGGAAAGGCGGUGCAGCAGGAAUAGGAGCUAACCCAUCAACGAAGAGUCAUCUGUCAGCGUGGCGGAAGAUGAGUAUCAUCAACCGCAGAUGGGUGUUUGUGUUCACUAAUCAUGUAGCAAAAAUGUCUGAUGUCGGCACCUCAAAUUAAGGGCAGGCUGAUCUUCAUUGAAGAUGGCACUUCAAUGAAAUGUAAAUGGACCACUAGAGAAGCUCUGCAUUUCUAAUAGGUGUUUUUACAUCCUAAGCACUUGUAUAUGUUUCUAGUUUUUCCUGCUACGCACAACUACUGCAUCAAAUAUUCAACAAGGGGUAGAGAAUAUGAUUGUGAUUGCAUUGUA